AUGCUACCAAAGCUCUCAGUCAAGCACUGUAAGGACAACCUCGUCCACCGCAAGGACAUACUCGUCCACCUUAAGGACAACCUUGUCCAACUUAAGGACAACCUUGUCCAACUUAAGGACAACCUCGUCCACCUCAAGGACAACCUAGUCCAUCGCAAGGACAUACUCGUCCACCUCAAGGACAUACUUGUCCACCUUAAGGACAUACUCAUCCACCCUAAGGACAUACUUGUCUACCUUAAGGACAACUUUCGUUGGUAUAGUACAGACUUCCACUUGCCAGAAAUCAAAGAGCAAAUAUCUAGUGAUAAUGGUGAUCCUUACUUUUUCAGACCUGUAAAACCAGAUGUCGCCCAAGUUCGUUCCCCGGACGAGCUCCAUGAAGACAUAUUCAGUACCCGCACCGUUUUCCGAUGUGGCCGAGCAACCGUAGAUCUUUGGGACCGGUAUGCCGUUCUUUGGCUCAGCAACCGCAUACGGGAUGCGCCCAACGAACUGAAAUCCAUCAUGCAUAGUGACAAGGAACGUUCGAUUGAAACCCCCUCCAGCCAGCUUUUCAAAACGCGCGACAUCUUCUGCGUUCUGAUUGACAGAUGCGGCCGCAAGGCGCUUGAGUUCGGAUACGUUGAAGACACGUCUUCUUUCAGAACGCCUCAGGGCAUCAUUGUAACUCCAGUCCAUAUUCAGAAGGUUCCUCCAUUGAUUGACCAGCCAGAGAACGAGAUGGUAGAGGGAAGAAAUAAUCAGACGGCUAUUCAAAUAUCGACAAUACGCCAUAACUUUGAUCGCGUAAAGGUAGUGCGUCGUAUCAGGGUGUGUCGUUUCAGGGUACCCGAGCUUAUACCACACACAAUAUACGCGGAGAGCACUACUUUCACCCAUUAUCUUUGCUCUACUAUUUCUCGUAACACCUAUCUUCUGACGUACAAGCUUUCUAAGAUUAUCAACCUACCAAGAUGUAUUUUCUUAAUCACCAACGCCCUAACCAUCACCGCCGUCUCCCCCACCACUGUCUCCGCCGCCGCCGCCGCCGCCGCCUAUCCACCAUAUCUGUUGUCGCCUCCGCGUCCUCCAAUAAUCCUGAUGGGGGUGUUGGAGUUGCCACCCGAGGAUUCGGGCAGACUUGAACCACAGCCCAUUGAUGUCUUUGGGAUAGUAAUAGCUUCGAGGGUUUCUGUUGACGAUUGUCUUGAGAAGGCUUCAGGGAGAAUUAUUAAAUUAAACAGACGAGGGUUUGCUGGAGCGUUUUAUAUAAUUAGUAUUAGUCUACGCAACACGUACUUAACGAACGAACAGAUAUGUCGCAAGCCCUCGCUUCCAUCGCGCUUUAGGACGCUGGUCAUGAAGUCUCGCCCGACGCUGCGACUAAAAAAGACGCAUUCAAGGUGGCUCAUGAAAUGGCCUAGAAGGGAGACGUGGUCGUUAGAUCUCGUUAGAGUUGGCUUGCGACACCAAGAACAAGCCAAGAAAGGCCGAGGCUCAUACAACGCAGCCAUCAUCACGGGCGUGUGGUCGUUGUUUAAUUGA